ACGGUCAGCACAACGGUACCUGUCCUGCUGUCCCUGCUGCUACUUCUGGGUCCUGCAGUCCCCAGGGAGACCCAGGCUGGGAAUUACUCUCUGAGCUUCCUCUACACGGGGCUGUCCAAGCCCCGUCGGGGCUCCCCCCGCUUCCAGGCCGUCGCCUACCUCAACGACCAGCCCUUCUUCCACUACGAUAGCGAAGGCAAGAGGGCCGAGCCCCUGGCUCCGUGGAGCCAGGUGGAAGGCAUGGAGGACUGGGAGAAGGAGAGAGCCCUUCAGAGGGCCAGGGAGGACAUCUUCACGGAGACCCCGAGUGACAUCAUGGGCUACUGCAAGGACAGCGAAGGUGAGUGGACCACGGGCUGCGGGGGUGCAGGGGCUCCACCCGAGAGGCGGCCCCGCAACUGGGCGUGGGAUGGAAGCAGGCCCUCCCAAAGGAGGAUCGGGAAGCACGAUCGGAAACACAGACGUUUCUGUGUGCCUCGCCCGCAUCCCACACUCACCUGCCUGCCUGCUCUCCCCAUCCUCACUCCCAGGCCUCAGCUCACACCGAAGCGAAGGCCGAGUCAGGACGAAUCCGGGCACCUCUGUGGGGAAGGGUCUCGGGAAGGGUGGCGGGGGGCCCCAGCCUUCGAGGAGAAGCCCUGCUCAGCCCUGACCCCGGGGUGGGGAGCCGUGGGCAGGGAGAUGCCAGGCCCUGGGCAUUCACCCCGUCCCUCCACAGAGUCUCCCUCUGUGUCGGUCACCGGCCACGUGGCCCCAGGACACAAAAGGACACUCAAGUGCCUGGCCUACGACUUCUACCCGCGAAGCAUCGGGCUGCACUGGACUCGGGCCGGCGACGCCCAGGAGGCUGAGUCAGGGGGCGAUGUGCUCCCCAGCGGCAACGGCACUUACCAGUCCUGGGUGGUGGUGGGGGUCCCCUCUGAGGACCCAGCCCCCUACUCCUGCCACGUGGAGCACAGAAGCCUGGCCCAGCCCCUCACUGUCGCGUGGGACCCGCGGCAGCAAGCCCAGUAGUCACCCUUUCUGCGCAGUGAGAGAGGUGGGCGCUACGAGCCACUGUCAACAUCGUGGGCCAGGCCCGGGGGACGGCAGUGGAUUCCAGGUGGUGGAUUCCAGAGGGAAGACUUGAAUGCCGAGCUCUGAGCCGACUCACGACCAACCAGUCUUGCAAAAAAACCCAUUAUGUAAUCUGCAAAAUCAAAUCAGCAUCAUCACCUUAUAGAAUGAUUAUUUUUAAACUGCAAAGUGCUGCAGAAAUGUGAGAGUUUGUCAUUAGUCCUGCCCCUCCGAGCACUGAACUCAUCUGAAAUUCUUAGUGUUUACUGGGCGUCUCACCACCAUAGCGUGGCCUGGACCACUGGUCCCGGGGGCAUUGUUUACGCGUGCCCACUGCUGAUGUCCCCAGGGGUCAUGAGGCCAUGGAACUCUGCAGUCUCUUUAAUACAGAUCUAAGCCUCUUCUGUACCUGUUUUCCCAGCAAUCCAGCUCCCCGUAGGCACCACCCUUCACUCCAGCUCCUGGACCUUCCCCACACCUUGUUGGCCUAGGGCCACAUACUGUAGCUCAUUUCAGAGGCUCCAUCCAUCCAGGACACAGAAUCGGCCCUGAUGUCCUUGGACUUCCUCCAGAUUCAUUUGAAUGUGUGUGUGUUUUGUUUUAACUGUGUCACCCAUCCCCACCCAUAGGUUUAAGCCCCAAAGACAGAGCAGAACUCACCGAUCUUAUUACUAGGCCUCACCUGCCCAGGCAGGCCUUUCCCUCAGCCUCCCAUGUUCCACUGAGUCAGUCCUCCAAGCCGAGCUCCUUGGACACAUCCUUCCCAGCCUUCCGAAUUCUGAGCCCAUUUGCUUACCUCUCUUUUUUGACAACCUAAAAUUAAAGGCCAUACUCCUUUUUUUUUUUUAAUACUUUGAUCCAAUUUGAAAAUCAGCUUGCCAAGAAGUGUUUUUUUCAGUCUGUGAUAUCACACCUCCCCACCCACCUCUCCAGUGCAAAAAAGAAAAAAAAAAAGCCCAGUCUGACCAAUAGGAGGGCUACAAAGAAAAUCCAACUAGUCAAAAGGGGAAAAAUGUAGCAAUUGAUAUUGCAACACAUUAUGAGACUGGAACAAAGCCUAACAUGUGACAGGAAGAAAUAUUUAGAUCAAGGAGGAGACCCAGGGUCCAGCCUGAACAGGCCAGGGCUGAGGCCAAUUGGAAUGUGCAACCCGGCCCACCCACAGCAGGAGGGAUGGGCUGGGCUGGAGGAGGAGGAGAAAACCUCAGAGACCUGAGUCCUGGCCAGGCCUGGGGACAAGAAGAGGGCACAGAGUUGCUGAUAAACCCAGAGAAACUUCCUGGAGGGGUUCGGAUUUCAGGGGAAGCCUAAGACUGCUUACCAAGAAGAGGCAAAAGACUGUUCCUGACCAGUCGGGUGUGAGACAGCUGAGAUGUGAGGGUGGCAAGAUCCUGACAAAGGGAAGCAACCCCAGGGCGGGGCAGGACCGUUGGCAGAGACUGGGCACUGCAGGGAGGAAGGAGGGGCCCGGAGAGCCAAGUGUGGUCCUGCCGCGGCCACCUCCUGCCCACCCAGCAAAGACCCAUGGACGGAUUCCCCAGCAGGUGGGACCAUCAUGAAGUGCAGCUGAGGAUGUCCCACCCCAGGGGGCUCAUUGCCACAAACUCUCUCCUUCUCAGCAGUUUCUCAGUCCCUAAGUACUUCACCCCUCUCUGGAGGACUCUUCUGGGGCCAGCUCACCCACUGGAGUGAAGGGAUGGCGUGCUCCGAGUUAGGCAGGAGACACCAACUGGAUAUAGGGCUGAAAUACUUUCUCUGCUAAUGCCCUUUUCCAUUUGGCUGGACGAGGCUAGAACUUGCAGUUCCAGCCAAUCAGACCUUAUGAUUCACCAUCAGACAUACCAAGGCUAUUUACUUUUAGUAUUUCCUUUUAGUAUCCUCCCCUUACCUGCCCUGACCCAGCCUGCAAACCCUCUGACAAGAUCGGAAGGCUGAGCUCCGAGCGUGGGUCUGUGCCCGUGUGGCUGGAGGCAAAGGGGCAGAGGAUGCUGGGUCCCAGGAGAGUGGAGGGAGGAGAGGAAGAUGCUGCUUGGGCUGCAUCUGUGCAGAGAACUCAGCGGGAGACCCCAACCUCUGAGAACCAGGCCAGUUUAUUCAAAGCCAUGGGACGCCCUUCACCAUCAGGAAAAAGAUCGUGGUUAGAUAUUUUGCCUAACGGGACGGGGAGAGUGCACGGGAUUCAUAAGCAAAGCUCAGUCGAGACCACCUCCCUGGGUUCUGUUGUGCUGCCUUCUUCCCCUUCUUUCUUCUCUUCUGAAUCCGCAGGCCGUGGGGCCAGCUCUGGGCACCUCAAAACUCACAUACCAGAGAUCAGGAUGGACACAGCACUUUUCCUAAUGGAGGGAGAGGAAAGAAGGGAACCAGAGCUCCUGGGAACUCUGCUCAGAUUCCUGAUACUCGUAAGAGGCCCAGCCAGCUCAGUGUUAAAUCCCAGGCCUCGAAGAAAGGUGUGAUUGGGAGGCAGGGUUACUUCUCCAGAAAGAGCCGGGCUGCAGAAGGGGCCUGGCGGAGAAAGAUGAUGUAAUCACGAUGUGAGCCUUGCCACCCUCCAGGGACCUUAGGGAUGAGGCUCCCUCUAUGUGAAUGCUUUCAAAUAAACAACAACAUUUACACCAAAA